AUGACGCGCAAUAUUUACAUUCCCCUCGAGAUCACCCUUCAGAUACUCGAGGCAGAUAUAUCUCCGGGUCGUCCCAAUCGCAUCCUCGAUGUGUCAAAAGCCCAUGUUCAGCAACUCCUCACUUGGGCCAAAGUAGAGAAUGGAGCAUCAUCCUCCACCCUCCCCAGGACCAUGCGACUCUGUGACGCAUCAUCAGUUUACCUGGGCCUCAGCAUGGAGGAGCUUCAGUCGGUUCGGAAUAGUGGAUUGAUCAGGGACCUACUCACCAAACUUGGUGGUUCGGUGCGCCGUCUCAUCGUUGACCUUCCCUACCGCAGGAUUGCACAGCAGCACAGCAUUGAUGCGCACAUAGAUGCUUUGUUCUCUCAGGGACUACGGGCACUCACCAACCUCGAAGAGCUUACAACACUUGGUGGCUUACCCGUGUUGGAGUUCUGGCGCGACGGAUUUGACAUUGGUCAAAUGUGGCCAAAGCUGCGUCGAGUCGCUGGCUUCAAGGUCAACCUGGCUGAAGAAGCACUUUGGUACAACGUCGCCAGAGAUCGCACCAUUGAACACCUUGUCAUAGCGAUGCCAUAUGUUCUACGUCGGGAUAGUUGGAACAUCAAACAGGCAAUUGGUGGGAAAGAAUGGAAUACAGAAGAAGGAGGUGACUCUACGCAUGCUCGGCCUCUCAAAGUUGUCAUUGCCCAGCAUGAGUAUACUGCACCCAUCAUCGACGCACGAGAUGGCGAUCUACACGAUCCAGCAGGGCUUAUAGACGUGUCUACCUUUGAGAUACCUGUCAUUGCAAAAAGGGUCGACUGGGUAUGUAAAGAAUGGUUGGUCAAGUCGGCUAAAGAUGAUACUCUCUGGGAAUGA